AUUCACCCAAUGGACAUCCAGAUGGCCAUUUUUCACUGUGCAGACAAUCUUGCGAGGCAGUAUAUUUUGUCCAAACUUUCCAUUUGUCAAUUUGCACUCCCUCUUGUGGUGCCAAAUCCCAACACGUCUCAGGUUGAAUUUUCUCUCUGGUCUCUCAGACAAAUUAGGAGAAGUUGGCAAAAUGAAAGUAAAUCACUACAGAACAAGAGCUACAGUCACAAGAAUCAGCAGAUGUGCCGUGUUGCCACCCCCAUUGUGUCCUUCAUUAGAGUUGGAAAUAGCCUCUCAGCUUCCAAGUCUCAGAUCAUGAACUCUCUCCUCAGUAAACAUAAACAUGAUGUGUUUUUUCACAGACACUGCAGAGGAAGCAGCAAAGACUGUCUCUUGAUGGAAGGAGUGGUGGAGAUCUGCUGGUUCUGUCCUGGGGGCCAAAGUGAGGACAGAUUUGACAAGUGUGUGACCUUCACCAAUCUUCAUGGAGAUGCCAAGGAACAUAGACAACAACUCAGCUUCUUACAAGAUGUCUCUUCUCUCAUUGUGAUCCUCAUGUCAGCUUCUGAUGACAAUAAAGAAAAUCAAAAACUUGUCAGACACCUCUGCAAGUCAUCAAGACCUCUAAUAUGCUUGAUUGAUGACAAAGAAAAGGCCAUAGCCAAUAAUUCGGGUAAAAGUAUGAGAAUUGGCAUCAGGAAUAGAAAUGAGGCCGAAUUAACAGAGGAGCUCACAAAUGCCAUCAAACAUUUUCUAGAACUCUCUAAUACUGCUUUCAGCUUAGAGGACUGUUCACAGAUGGCUCAAAAACAAGGAUUCCUUAUUGAUGAGGACCAGAAAGACUGCAAGGAAGCCAAAGAAAAGGCACAGACUAUAAUGGCCCUCCUGGAGGAAUCCAAGUUAUCUCAGACAAAAGAAAAUUUAUUACCUCUUCAGGGACAACUUUGGCACCUUUGGUGUAAGAAGGACAAAGAAUUCUAUCAUCUGAGAGAAAAGGGGAAUCGGAGCAUUGAACAACACAAGAGUGAGAUUGAGACAGAUAAAAGAAUAAUUCGAUGUCGGCAAUUGGAAAAAGCCUUUCCUCUCAAUGAUUUAAUGCGCUCUGUUCUUGAAGUUCUCCAAGAAUAUUCAGAAACUCAUAACAAACUCUACUUUUUGCAGUGGCUAAGUCUGUUUUUUGACAACCUGACUACAGAACACCUAGAAAAGUUGCAUGAAAAGCAAAGAUCUUUGUGGUUAAUGGCACAAAAAGAAAAACAAAAAUCACAGAAGAGCAGCUCCCUGACACUCUGGCAGAAACAGAUAGAAGCCAUCUCUACUGAAAUUCUUAACUGCACUUUAGGAACUGAGCACCUUCUCAGAGAAGUUGGACAGAUCUAUGAAGCUCUGGAAGAAAUUUCCUCCUCUAGAGAUAGCCUUUUUCUCUGCCUUCCUCAAAUAGCUGCAGACCUGAUGGUAGCUGGUGUUCCCAUUGAG